AUGAAACAUCGUUCUCAUGGGAAGAUCCACCGUUCAAUGGCUUGUAAGUCUCUUAUGGUGGAACUAGGUCAAUCGGGGUUGAGGCCUUGUCAAAUUAAAAAGGCUGUAAAUGCAAUGAAAACUUCAUAUGAUGUCGAUGUUACCUCAAAGCAAUGUGCCGAUGUUUUUUCUAAGCAACGUAAACAAUAUAAAGGUAAAGAGUUUUAUGGGCUGAUCAAACAUUUCCAAGAUAAAGCAUUAGUUGAUAAUAACCAGUAUUUUGCCGUGGAUUUGUUUGAAGAUGGGUCUCCUAGAAAUGUUUUUUGGGCUGAUGGAAGAUCACGAGAGGCAUAUACUAAAUUUGGGGACGUCGUUGUGUUUGACGUCACAUACAUGACAAAUACGUUUAAGAUGCCAUUUGCUCCGUUUGUUGGUGUGAAUCAUCAUGGCCAAUCUAUAUUGUUUGGUGGUGCAUUGCUAGAAAAUGAAAAAGAAGAAACUUUUCGAUGGCUAUUUGAGCAUUUUUUAAAUUGUAUGUUUAGAAAGUAUCUAGUGGCAAUGAUAACAGACCAGGAUAAAACUAUGGGUAAUGCAAUCAAGAAAGUUUUUCCAAACACUCGCCAUCGUUUCUGUGCAUGCCACAUUAAGAAGCAUGAAUUGGAACAUCUGCGACCACUUGUAGCCCGUUAUAGUGAUUUUAAAGAGGCUUAUAUACAAUGGGUAAAGAGUGAUACAAUUGAAGAAUUUGAAACCAAUUGGGAAGUUAUUCGCGUGGAAGAAGCGAGAGCAUUCAUUCAUUUUUUUGAUGGAUUUGUUAAUUCCAAGACCAUGUUGAAUGAAUUUGUACUCCAAUAUGAUAAAGCAGUUGACCCUCGAAGGGCUGCCGAAGAAGAUGAAGACUUUAAGACCAUGAACUCCAGUCCAAUCCUUUCUUCUGUUCACCCGAUAGAAGCAAAAGCAGGUCACUUUUAUACGAGAAAAAUGUUUGAGGUUUUCAAAAAAGAAUGGAUAGAAGCUAAUUGUAACUUAACUCAUGAGACUUUAAGUAAAACCACAAAAGAAAUCAAAUAUAGGGUUGGCUAG